AUGAAGAUUGGUAUACUUCCUUACCAGUCUCAAGAUAUUGCUUAUGGUCCGUCUGACAACCAGUUGAGGCCCCCAUGGCCCAUUUUCCAAGAGACCCAUGAGAUCUCUGAUGGACAAGAGAAAUUCGAAAAACCUGAAGAUAUGCCCCUGAACAGACGAAAUUUUGUAUACAGGCCCUGUGGUGCCAAUCCAUUUUUCAAAGAACUGGGGUACUGUUGUUCAGAAUACCCAUUUGCCAAACCUGGGAUGAAUCUUAUGGACAGAUCCGAUGGUGUAUCAUUGAAUCGAGGCAAUAACGAAUGUGUUAGUGUAUCCAAUUCAAUGGGGUGGCGUACAGCCAGAUGUGAUGUUUGCAUUAAGGAAGGAUUGACCUACUGGGAAGUAGAAGUUGUGCAAGGCGGUACCCCAUCAGGAUUUGACACUGGUCAUUCUUUCCAGAAACGCAAGGAUAUAAUAAAUGAGACUCCCCAUGUGAGACUGGGUAUAUCUAAACGUGAGGCAUCCCUAGAAUCACCUGUUGGAUUCGAUUCAUACGGCUAUGCCAUCAGAGAUACAUCUUUAGAGUCAAUUCACGAAGGUAAGGUUGCACAAUCACUGGGGACACACAGUUUGAAGCCAGGAGAUAGACUAGGAUUUCUACUGCAGUUACCUAGCUGUCAGACCCAAGUCGACCAAGCUAAAGAGUAUACCCAAAGAAGGUUAGAUGCACUUGUGCAGAGUACUAAGAACACUUACCAAGACCACGAACAGCCAAAAAAGAGAUCAAAGACUACCAAUAAAAACUUCCAAAUCGCUCUCUUAGCAGAUAUUGAUCAUAGUAAUGUUGUUAGAGAUCACAUUGCCAUUCGUUACAAAAACCAAUUGUUUUUUGAAGCUACAGAUUAUGUGAAGACUACAAAACCGGAAUACUAUUCAAGUGAUAAAAGAGAAAGGCAAGAUUAUUACCAAUUAGAAGAUUCAUUUCUUGCCGUCUAUUUGAAUGGCGAACCCCUAGGCGAAGCUUUUAGAGAUUUGAAACCUUUCCUACCACCAUUUAGCGAAUUACAAUACAACGAAAAAUUCUACUUUGGUUAUUGGAAAAAUGGUGUUGAUGAUCCUGGUCAUAAUGCAAAGCGUACUGGUAUCUUGUUGAGAAACAAGUACGUGAAUAAUAACAAGCUGGGCUACUACCCAACCAUCAGCUGCUUCAAUGGAGGGACAGCUCGUAUCAUUACAACAAAACAAGAUUGUAAAUAUUAUGAUCAGCUAAACAAGCCAGCAAAAUUGUUAGAAGAACUUUUUGACGAACAGAUUGCGGAGGAUGUCGUCUGGGAUAUAAUAGAUGAAAUUGAAGAAGAGUUCUCAGACAAAGGCAGUGGUUAA